UCAGUAGGUGUCAGCAAGCGGCCAUCCUCUCUAUGGUGUCUCUGGUUCCUCUCUAUGGUACCGUUACCCUGGUGACUUUGGUCUGUACUUCCGGGUCCUCCCGACCUCAGAAUCAAUGUGAGGACUGGAAGCUGCUCAGAUCUUCCAGGAUGAAGAAGGGGACGGUGCUUCUUUUCCUGGCCUGGCUGUCCGUCCUGUUUUAUUCCGGCAUCUGGCUUUUCAUGAGCGGCUUCCUUCUCAUGAGAAUUGAGCUGAACAACCAAAGUCAAUGUUCUGAGCCUCCAUCCUCGCGACCUCUGAGGAGUACUGAACUUGAGGCCAGCUCCUGUUGGUUCCCGCAGAGGUUCGAUAAGGCCGUCAUUGUCAUCAUUGAUGCUCUGAAAUAUGACUUUGCCAAGUAUGAGCCGGGAAACGCCAACCCAAAGCCAUACCAGAACAAGAUGGAGGUGAUCCACCAGCUCGUAACGUCUCAGCCGCAGCAUGCCAGGCUCUACCCGUUCCAUGCUGACCCCCCCACCACCACCAUGCAGAGGAUUAAGGGCUUCACCACUGGUUCGCUGCCAACCUUCGUGGACGUGGGCAGUAACUUUGCCAGCUACGCCAUUCAGGAAGACAACUUGAUCCACCAAAUGGGGCAGAGCGGGAAGAGAGUGGUGUUUAUGGGAGACGACACAUGGGAUGGGCUAUUUCCCAAACAGUUCCACAAGUCCUACUUCUUCCCGUCCUUCAACGUAAAGGACCUUCACACGGUGGAUGAUGGGAUCUUACAGCACCUGUACACUACCGUGGAUGGGAGAGAUUGGGACGUCCUGGUUGCCCACUUCCUUGGUGUUGACCAUUGUGGACAUAAGCACGGCCCAGACCACCCAGAGACCGGCAAGAAACUUACGCAGAUGAAUCACAUGAUCCGCUCGCUCAUAGAACAUCUGGAUGACAAGACCCUACUGGUGGUGGCUGGAGACCACGGUAUGACGGACACAGGAGACCACGGGGGAGACAGUGAGAAUGAAGUGACAGCAGCACUCUUCUUGUACAGCAAGGCCCCUCUGUUUAUGGACCAGCUACAGACGGACCCUGCAGCCGUUCCUCAGGUGAACUUGGUGCCGAGCCUUUCCCUGCUGCUGGGAAUCCCCAUCCCGUACAGUAACCUGGGGGCUGUUAUGGGCGACCUCUUCUGGUGGUCCGCGGCUGGAGAUAAAUUAUCAGCUCUUCUUACGAAGGCCAACGCGUAUCAGCUUAAUGCCCAGCAGGUGGCUCGUUACCUGAUCUCCUACUCCCAGGCCGCAGGAGACCUGCCCCCAGAGAAGCUGAGGCUCCUAGAAGGUCUCUCCUCCUCGGUGAAGGCGGAGUACGAGCAGCUAAUGUCAGAGUGGGACCUGCGAACUGAGACCGACGCAGAGAUGGAGGCCCGUCUGCAGCAGUUCAUACAACGUUCGCAGCUCUACCUCCGCCAAGCCAGAGACAUGUGCAUGGAGACGUGGGCCCGAUUCCACCCGCUACGCAUGAUCAUGGGCUGCCUCCUCCUGUCCGUGUCCUGUUUCCUGUGUUAUACGAUCGCGGAGGUGGCACCAACCUUGAUGCUGUCCUGCAGGGAUUUGCUGGGAUACCCCCUCCUCUUUCCUGCGUCGGUGGCGGCCGUGCUCGGCCUGGGUGUGUGGACUUCUGUGGUUGAGCUAGACGUGGUUUCUCUCUGUGCUGCAGCCUGUGCUGUCUCUCAGGUGAGCUUCUUCUACGUAUUCAGAAAAAGGACCUGUGUAAAGCUGAGCUGGUGGUCACAGCCCACUUCCCUCUUACUCUCCGGACCCUGCGCCGUGCUGUUAUUCCGCUGCUGUGCCCUGUUCUCAGACAGCUUCGUGGUGGCAGAGGGGAAAGUGGCUCCGUUCUUCCUCACGUCUCUGCUCGCGUGGACGGUAGGGAAGCUACACUGGGAUGGCAGGCUGACGCUCCCCACUCUGACCUCACUGGGGGGCGAGUCCCUGAAGCCUUCUGCCUCCCCAGUUUACAGGAAGGACGGAUCUCGCCUCUUGUGGCUGCUGGCGGCCUUGGGGAUCUGCAUCCGCCUCUCUGGAUUCUUUCACAACUGCCGGGAGGAGACCCCAGACUGUCGGCCCUCCCCGUUCCUGACACCUCUAUCCAGCAUACAGGACCUUGAGAUUAAGAACUUCUCCUACCUUUGUUGCGUCGUGUGUCUUGGGGUCAUCAUCUUUCUCGUCAGGAAGUGGCUGCAACAUUACGGAAACCUCAACAGCCGCCCCCCUCUGGUGCUCUAUGUCCGCUGGGGGUUCCCUCUUAUUGCACUAGGGAUCUCCUGCUACUGGGCCCUCAGCUCAGGGACUGAGGACAGCCUGGCAAACCUACGGGAGCUCACGCACCUGGCACUUGUGGUUUGCCCCAGGGCUAUCUACGCCUUCUCCGGGCUGGGCCUGCUGUUGGUGCUCUGGAACCCUGUGACCGUGUUUAUGAAGAGUAACCGGGACCCCAAUGCGGACAGCACAGUAACCACCUACCGGGGAGCCCCUGGCUCUCAGGCUGAACUGCAGCACGUCAUCCCUCAAAUCUACCGGAAGAUGCAGCGCUCGCUGAAGAGCCGGCUCCAGCAGGGAGGGGAGGCGGAGGAUGGGAGGAAAGGAACAGCGGUAGAGGCCUACGGUCUGGGCAGUGUGUACUCAGCCGCGGUGGUCGUCACUCUGUCGCUCCUCGCCCUGGUUCUGAUAUUGCUGCACAGCGAGAGAAUGACCCCGGCCUUCCUGCUCCUGGUAUUAGAGGCUUACGUUGUCCUGCACAUCCACGGACAUGUGUCCAACCUCUACGCUGAUGGGAAUGAUAUGUUUUAUGUCCCGUGGUACGCAGUUAUAGCGUGGGCGCUCGCUGCCACCCAGAGCUUCUACUCCACUGGUCACCAGCCGGUCUUCCCUGCCAUCCACUGGAACUCCGCCUUUGUAGGGUUCCAGGACGGACAUACGGACAAUGUCAUCCCGGCUCUCCUUGUGGCCGCCAAUACUUUUUCCUCUAACAUCCUCUUUUCAGCCGGAUCCUGUCUGUUACUGCUCUGGCCGUUUCUGUGUGAGGCCCCCGCAAGCCGGAAGAAGAAAACAAAGGGGGAGAGCUGGGAGGGGGAGACAGGCGAGGAUGACAUGCCUAUGAUGGAGAUGAGGCUGAGAGAGAACCCAGACAAGUUCUACAGGGCUCUGCUGCAGCUGGGGACCAAGUACCUCUUCAUCCAGGGAGUUCAGCUCCUGUCCUGCGUCUGUGCUGCCAUGAUCCUUCGGCGCCAUCUAAUGGUCUGGAAAGUGUUUGCACCAAAGUUCCUGUUUGAAGGGCUGGGUUUUGCCGUCAGCAGCACCUUCCUCCUCUUUGGGAUAGCGCUGGUCUUGAGAGUAGACUGUGCGGUCAGCGACUGGUUCAAGAACCUCAUCAUGGUCCAGAAGAGCAGGUAGCUCCGGAGGGCACUAACCUUCUAUAUUCCGUAACAACCAGAGAACAAAUAUGCUGCUAGAAUUCACUCAGUGCCUCGAGAACCAUUGUACCCAGCCGCACGGAACUUCCGCUACAGCGUGAACUCACAUCCCAGUGUCUGGUGAUUAAGCUGCAGCUGGUGGAAAACUAAAGGCUUGCUGUGGACUACAUUUGCGGCAUCUGUCAGUGUUCCGGCUGUUGGACCUGUCCGUAGAGAUUACUGCAGCUCCGGCGUGCCAUACACAUUCAAACGGGAAGUCUCCUUAAGGUUUCGGUACAACCGCUGUGACUACGCAACGUAUCGGUUAUUGUACAGUGCCGGCCUGUAUGAGCUGUAUAGGAAAUGCUCUUUUACAUUUUAGGUCAGAAAGAAAAGCAAACAUUACUAAGAGGAAAGCACACCUUACUGCCAAACAGAGGGCGCGGCACAUUGCGGAGCCGCAUGGGUAACUAAAGAAUGAAUUGGUCAGCGUGUGUGCGAGCGGAGCUUUUCUUCAUGAAUUAAAAAGAACUGAUAACGUGA